AUUUAUCCGAUUCUAUGAUAUGAAAGAAGGUUAGGAUUUCCCAAAAUUAUUAUUAUUCUAAUUUAGCCUGUGGAAAACUGAAAAAUCUAAUUCCAAAUCUUCUUCAAUAACAUAUUACAAUGACGAAUAAUAGUUUAUUGUAUCUGCCAAGCUUUUUGAAAAAUCCUUCUAAAAAUGGUGUUGGAAGAUAUGUUUGUCAACUUCAGAGAGUAGUAUUGAAAUUUUGUAAAAAUCAUGGAGGCAGUAGAGGCAUGAGGGAAUUCAUUGAGGAGGAUUUAUUAGAUUUUGCGAAGGAAAAUCCAGGUGUGGUAGUAUAUUUAAAACCUAGAAGACACAGAGGACCUGUCAUAAAAGCUGAAUAUUUGAGUGGAAACACGCAAUGGCUAGGUUGUUCAAUGUUCACAAAGGAUGAAAUUUAUAAAUGGUUGAAUCUUUUUAAAACACAACAGGGGGAUAAAGAGGGAAUCAGACUUAGAAAAUUAUGGCAUACAGAAACCCCUUCGAUUCAGGGUCCUUGGACUCCAUACACAUUCAGAUCACCCAAGUUGAAUUUAGUUGAAUAUCCUAAUGAAAAAUUAUCUGCAGCAUAUGAGGAAAAAAGUGCAACAGAAGAAUUAUUGGAAAUGUUUGAAAAACAAAAACUUCACAAUGUUAAAUUAUUAAAAGCGGAACAGUAAUACAAUAAUAGAGAUGUAGGUUAUUUUAGUA